AACUCAUCCAAAAUUAAAUUUGCCCUAGUUCUACAAUGGCGGUGUGAAAGUUCAACAGCGUCGGAGUUCGCCCUAUUUGCCAUCCACUUAUCAAUACAAAAUCCUCAGCAUUAAAAUUCAACAGCAUCGGAAGAACGACGAGUCUCCUACGAUUGAGUCCACCCACCCACAUACAAGGAUUUGCAAGCUCUAAUCCAUUUUACCCAAAGGUGCAAAAAUCUGCUGCCUCUUACGAAAUGCGCAGCCGCACAACCAAAUACGGAGAUCUGGUCAUGCUGUUGGAGGAUAUUAUGCUACUUUACCGUGUUGAAACCACCGAUCUCCUGCUCAAGUACAUGAAUGCACGCACCCGAUUGUCAAAAAGAAGGAUCCUUGACCAGCGGCACAGUAUUUUGAAUAAAAUGGACCGCCAAAUAAAGCAUCUUGACAGACUGAUUCAUAUCAGUGAUGCGGACUGCAUUGCAAACUUGCGAAUGGACCGCAACACUUUUGGACGGUUGUGUCGGAUACUAUAUGCGCGGGGUGGCUUGCGAAUCGGGAGAACUUUAGGCAUUGAGGAACAGGUUGCCAUGUUCCUGGGUGUUCUGGCCCAUCAUGACAAAAACCGUAGAGUUAAAUUCCAGUUCUGGCGAUCUGGGGCCACUGUGUCACAGUGUGUGCACAAAGUGAUGUGUGCAAUUCUUAGCCUGCACUCUGUUUUAAUGGCCAAACCCACUCCUGUCCCCGAAAACUGCACGGACCAUAGAUGGAAAUGGUUUAAGGGGUGCCUUGGUGCUCUUGAUGGAACACACAUCAACGUACUUGUCCGCACUGACGACAAGCCUCGAUACAGAACUAGGAAGGG